AGAGAGAGUGAGCAAAGAGUGGGGAGACUGCCUGAAUGAUCUCAUCUCUCCUGCAGCUGCAUAGCGCAGCGAGGCAAACACGUAACUUUCUAUCAAACUUCCAAGUUGCCUUUCGGAGGAGGACACCGGAGCAUUUUCGGGUUUGAAACGGAGCGGACUCGUUUCCCGCGGAGGAUUGUAUGAAAAAAGCCAAGUGCCAGCGUCGACACAGUUGAGGAAGAAGCUUGCGUGCUGAAGGCAUCUGCUGUCUUUUCCUUUUUUUGCGUCUUUGCUUGUUGAUCCAAACAAUCAACCUGCUCAUGAAGCCAGGGAGCAGCCUCUCCUCCCAGAGGCAGCCAUGUCUCCUUGCUAAGUGACCUUUAGCCUUUGGCAGUGGUGUCAUGACCAGCCUGAAGCACCCACCUAUGGAACGCCCUGUUGGGGGAACUAUCCCCGCCACCGAUGAGUUUUACACCCGCCACCUCCGUAUGGCAAAUGGAGGGGUUUUGCCAACACGCACAGACAAUAUUCAUUCCACUGUGACUACAGGAGUGCCUAAAAUGGGUGUACGUGCUCGGGUGGCUGACUGGCCCCCGAGGAAAGACUUUUCAGGAGCUGUGUGGCAAUCAACUAUGGAGGCUGAGAACUCUGGUGUGCCCUCUGCUGGAAAAAGUCACAUGAAGUUAGGCUCUAUGAUGAGCCCUCAGGACUCAUCAAUGCUGCGUAACAUCCAUAAUACUCUGAGGAAUCGAACCCAGACCCAGGCUAACAACUACAGCCUGGACACCCGUUAUCUAGCACCAGACUACCGAGGUCCAGUACAUCGAAACCCACGACAGAGACGCAUCCGUCAGCGCAGCAACAGUGACAUGACCAUCAGUGAAAUGGAGGCCAGUGGAGACAGUGGAGAGGACUGGGCUUCACCUACAGGAGCCAAAUGGUCUCCUCUUCAUCGUGAGUACGGUAGCACCUCCUCCAUUGAUCAGCAUGGAGCAUCUGGAGAGAGCUUCUUUGAAAUGCUUAAGGGCUAUCAAGGGGACAAAGUUGACCAGCGUAGCCCUGCUCCAGCCAAACUGGAGGACAUGCUGAAUAUCGGGCCAACUCAGGCUGUCCUUGAUCUUCAGGAAGACAUUGUGGAUGGCCAGCCUCCCAAAGCUAAGGACAGAGAUAAACCCCCAAAGAGACGGACCAAAUCUGAGACUGGGGGUGAGUCUAUAUUCCGUAAACUUCGUAAUGUGCGUGGUGAGUUAGACUCCCCUAGGGCGGGGUCUGACAUAGAGGACAGCCGGACAGAGGACAUGGGCCCCCCUCUUAAACCCUGGGUGUGCCAGAAAGGCUUUGCCCACUACGAUGCUCAAAGCAUGCUGUUUGACCUCAAUGAAGUUACUCAGCUGAGACAGACGGCCGGCAAGAGGAAAAACAUCACCACAGGGGCAUCUGCCGCAGCUGUAGCCUCGGCUACCUCCACCUUGUCAUCCACGCAUAGCCUGCCUUACAGCUCCCCGAGUGGCAGCCAGGAGGAGCUCAGUUCCAGGGACAGUCCCGGUUUGGACGCAGGAGAUGAACAGAGCAAUGAGAUGCUGCUAAGCUGCCCCUGCUUCCGCAAUGAGAUUGGAGAUGAUGGGAUUGGCAGGCUCAGGUUGGGAGCAGGUGGAGGAGGUUAUAAUGGGCUUUUGGGUGGCGGAGCAGGUAACGGUUGCUCAGGGACCCUGAGUGGGGAAAGUAACUUGUACGAAACAUCUGUGAGCACACACUGCACCAAUGCUGGAGUAGCAGUGUUGGAGGGGCCAAAGGAAGGGCCCAGCACGCUGAGUGAGAAGGGCAAACAGUACAUUGUUGAGCACGUGGACCUGGGAGCCUACUACUACAGGAAGUUCUUCUAUCUUAGGGAACACUGGAACUACUUUGGGAUAGAUGAGGCGCUGGGUCCGGUGGCUGUGAGUUUGCGCAGGGAGAAGCUGGAGGAGGAGAAGGAGCAUGGCCAGCAGUAUAACUACCGCCUCAUCUUCAGAACCAGCGAGCUGACAACUCUGCGGGGCUCUAUCCUCGAGGACGCAGUGCCUUCCACCUCUAAGCAUGGCACCACCCGAGGGCUGCCCAUUAAGGAGGUGUUGGAGUACCUCCUCCCUGAGCUGGAUCUGUCCUGCCUCAGACUGGCACUCAACACACCAAAAGUCACAGAGCAGCUCAUGAAACUGGAUGAACAGGGGCUGAGUUUUCAGGUGAAGGUGGGAGUGAUGUACUGCCGAGCGGGUCAGAGCACAGAGGAGGAGAUGUAUAACAAUGAGAUGGCUGGUCCCGCCCUGGAAGAGUUCCUCCAACUGUUGGGAGAGAAGAUUCGCCUCAAAGGCUUCACCAAGUACAGAGCCCAGCUGGACACCAAAACGGAUUCCACAGGUACUCACUCGCUGUACACAACGUACAAGGACUAUGAGAUCAUGUUCCAUGUGUCGACUCUGCUGCCUUACACACCCAACAAUAAACAACAGCUGCUGAGGAAGCGCCACAUAGGAAACGACAUAGUGACCAUCGUGUUCCAAGAGCCGGGCUCUCACCCCUUCACUCCCAAGACCAUACGCUCUCACUUUCAGCACGUCUUCAUCAUUGUUCGGGUGCACGAUCCCUGCUCUGACAACACAUGCUACAGUGUGGCUGUAACACGUUCCCAGGACGUCCCCUCCUUCGGCCCGCCAAUCCCCAAGGGUGUGACCUUCCCGAAGUCCACUGUCUUCAGGGACUUCUUGCUGGGCAAAGUCAUCAACGCUGAGAACGCAGCACACAAGUCAGAGAAGUUCGGUGCCAUGGCGACACGUACACGGCAGGAGUAUCUGAGGGACUUGGCAGAACGUCAUGUGACCAGCACUCCAGUAGAACCCACUGGAAAGUUCCCCUUUAUCUCUCUGGCUCACAAGCGACGGGAGAAGGUGCGUCCGUACAGUGGGGCGGAGCUCCGGAGCCUCGGGGCGGUGACCUGGCAGGUCCACGCUGAAGAUCAGGUGGCCGGUGCUGAACGCGAAUGCCUGUUGGCCAUUUCAAACGACUUCAUCAUCCUGUUAGAUCAGGAGGCCAAAGCGGUCGUGUUCAACUGUGCCACACGUGACGUGAUUGGAUGGUCGACAGGGAGCCCCGCCUCCAUGAAGAUCUACUACGAGCGUGGUGAGAGUGUGUCACUGCGCUCCAUCAAUAACAACACGGAAGACUUUGGAGAGGUGGUCAAAAGACUGGAGCUUUUGACCAAGGGAAGUCAGACCACAGAGAUGACCCUGCGCCGUAAUGCCCUGGGCCAGCUGGGCUUCCACGUCAACUUUGAGGGCAUUGUUGCAGAGGUGGAGCCGUAUGGUUACGCUUGGCAGGCCGGGCUCAGGCAGGGCAGCCGAUUGGUUGAGAUUUGCAAGGUGUCGGUGGCCUCGCUGUCUCACGAGCAGAUGAUCGACCUGCUCAGAACCUCUGUUACUGUGAAAGUUGUGAUCAUCCCACCGCAUGAAGACUCCACACCUCGCAGAGGCUGCUCAGAAAUCUACCACAUGCCACUGGUGGAUUACAAGAACCACAAAGAAGGUAUGCCCUACGAGUUAAAGUUCCCCUUCCGCCCUGCCAACAACAACACAAAGUGGCCGCGCACCUCAUCCAGCCCUCACACCCGCGCUGCUGGCACAGGUGGGACACUUAUUAAAGCCCCGCCUUCAGACUUCAGCGACCGCAACGCUGCUGCUAUGCCCCGUAGUGUGUCCAGUGACGGGCGACCCCUCAACCCCAAAAGAUAUUCCCCAGGGAAUGACAACUAUGCUCUGGCCUGCUCCAUUGUGAUGGGACGCACAAUGCACAACACAAAUUCCCCUGCCGCCCUCUCCUACACAGACACCAUGAGCUCCAACCACUGGAGGCAGAAGUCCAUGCCUGAUGGGUUUAAUAACAACAACUGCCAGUCCCCUGUGUCCUCUGUGAGGCAGGGGGCAGGCGAGGGGGCCAAUGGGAUUAAAGCAUGCUCUGGUGUUGGAUGGUCCCGGACUGGAGAGGGGGAAGCGGCAGGCAGAUCCGGGGACAAAACAAAUGAAGAAGGUGGCGUUUCAAAGGCAGUGAUCCCUCGUCUACAGCUGUCUGAGCAGACCGGCCACAUAUCUCCAAACAAAGGCACUAAGUCGGAUGGUCCAUAUUCAUCCAGCCAGUCAAGCAGCAACACACUCUCUAGCAACGCCUCCAGCUCCGCCCACAGUGAUGAGAAAUGGUACGAAGUUGGCUCACGUUCAGGUGUGCGCAGCGAUCUCGAUCUCAACGGCUAUCUUCAGGGCACCUCCACCGACAGCGGCAUUGAUGCCACCUCCUUCACUGCCACACAGAGCAGCACAGCUUCCUCCACCGGUGCCUUCAGGGCCAAAGACAAAGUUCCCUGGCAGGACGACCCCGCAGGCGGUCAGAGGGCCAUAGACACUCCACCUCCAAUACCAGAUAGUCUGGUCGCCAUCGGCGGCAGUGAGAUCCCGGCAAAGAGUCCGACUGCUCUUGUUCCUGAUAGUGGAUCCUACAGCCUGAGCGACGCCGCCUCCCACUCCAGCUCCGGACAAUCAGGGAGUCCGAUGUCCCCACAAGACGAUGCAGCAGGAAGGGCCACCUCACCCACAUCCCAGGACUCUCCUGGGACCAAGAGUUUCUACCCUCGACAAGGAGCCACUUCUAAGUACCUGAUUGGCUGGAGGAAGCCUGGGGGAACCGUCAACUCUGUGGACUUUGGCAGCACUCGCAAACGGCACCAGAGUGAUGGUUUACUGGGUGGUCAGCCACAGCUCAGGGCCAACCUCCGAGGCGCCCAGUCCCCCCAGCGGCACACUGCCAAGUCGAGCUUGGAGGAAGACUUGAAAAAGCUCAUCACACUUGACAGCCCUCCACCUACUACGAUUGAAGAGAAGCCAUUGUUUCCUGGACCUCUGCCCACACGGCGCUCCCUGCAAAGGACCCUCUCAGAUGAGAGUAUUUACAGCGGGCAGAGGGAGACGUCCUCCAGCGGACAGCGAGACACACCCACUGACCUUCUGUUCAGCUGCUCCACCAUGCCACGCUCACCUACUGCACGCCAUGGAGCAAGCCGCCGAGCAUCACACAAAUCCCUGGGAGACUUGUCGGCCCCAGAGAGCUCCGAGCUGGAGCAGGAGAGGAAGAGGCAGCAACUUCAGGACUCUGCCCUCAUGCCCCUGCCUGACUCAGGGGCAGAUGCCCCACUUGACUGGGCCCACCUGGUAGAUGCUGCUAAGGCAUUUGAGGAGCAGAGGCUGGUUUUCCUGGCAGCCCAGGAGGAGAGCUCCAUGGCUGAGAGUGCUGCAGCUGCCAGCCCCCAGCAGGCUGAGCCUCAGGCAGCCCCGCUGAGACUGCCCUCCCCAGGAGAGAUUCCAGCCUGCUUGAUGGGGAAGGUGAACCAGCUCGAGUCGAUGGUGAUGACACUACAGGAGGACUUGAAGAAGGAGAAGGAUGCAAAGGCGUCGCUGCAGGUUCAGAUCCAGAGCUUACGAGAGGACAACCAGCGCCUCCUGGAGGAGUCCUACAGCGCCUCGGCCAAGCUCAAGAAGUUCACAGAGUGGGUCUUUAACACCAUUGACAUGAACUGACAUACGCGGCUGCCGACUGCUCUGCAUUGGGAGUUUGACCACUACUCACACUGAACUGGAACUCUGUCAACAGAAUCACUAAGGAAAACUCACACAACAUUAACUGUUCUAUGGAGCUUUCACAAACCAGUGCCAACAUGGACUUACAGCAUCGUCCUCCUUCAGCCUCGUCGAUCUGUGGUUUGAUCACCAUGAAACAAAACACAACAAGGGUAAUAAAAGACAAAGAGUAGGGUGCGACUGUGUUUAAAUCAGCAUGCACUCCCUUCCUUACAUUUCACAAAAUAAAAAGUGUCUAAUUCAGCGGGUUGUUGGGAUCCCUGCAUGUCAGAGAGAGCAAGAUGUUGAAACCAACGUAAAGGGAUUCAAAGUUAUUGUUCCCAUUUAGCUCCCCGGCUAACCUUAUUAUAAGAGAACAGAUUUACAAUUAAAAACCUCCAACACAAAUUGAAUUGUGUUCGUCCCAUGCGAGAGAUGGUGAAAACAGUCCUGUGAUGCCUGUUAAAGAGGUAGACACUUUUUUAAGAACUAAGUGACACUGUGUUGUUUAUUAACUUUUCUUUAAACAUUCAUCAAUAAUCCCAAUGCAGAGGAAAAAAAGUAUUCCUUCUAUUUCUAAUCAAACGAAAAUAAGCUACCUGAGAUGAUGUCAUCCUCCAUAGGACACUAUGCUUUUUUUCCUCAUAGCAGAUUGUGUUGGUACACGCAGACAGAUGGACCCUUUGUGUAGCACAUAACUUAAAAAAAAAACACUGUGUUGUCUGUCUGAAGAACCUAUGUAAUGAGAUUGUACACGUGAUUUCAAAGUAUAAUUUCUCAUGGGUUAAAAGCAAGUGAGUCUUAAAAAAGGACUUCUGGUCACAAGCUGAUGAAAAGAUUAUAUAUUGUGAAAAAAAAAAAUAGAACAAUAUUGGUGCCAUACGGAUGGAGCCUGAGCAUUCACUGCAUUAUUGUAAAUAUCUGAUGUUAGCAUUUAUUUUCUCACUUUUGCCCCUUGGUAUAUUAUAAAGAGUAUUUAUGAUGAAGGUAGUGGUGGAGAAAAAAAAAGACUGCAGAUGCAUUAAGAGAUAUACUUAUAAUGAUCAACCCCCUUAUGUGAGAGAAUAUAUUUAUCCUUUAAAUGCAAACAAAGCUUUCAACUGCAGAAAGCUAGCUCUUGUUCCAGAAUAAUAAUUAACAGUCUGUUUCCAGUGUAGGAUUGACUGACAGCCCAACCUAGUUUUGACAACAUGUAAAAUGUUACAUGGAACUGACCCCCCCCCCCCCCCCCCCCCCCUCUUCUCCACCCAUGGCAUGCUGUGAGGCCUUAUCUGAUCCUAAACUCUCUCCAUAGAUUAUAUCGGUACUGUUCGUUAUAUGAAAGUAAGGUAGUGUGUGAAACCGGAAAUUCCAGCGUUACAGAGUUUUUCUGUAAAUCUGCUCAUAAAGCCCAACCGGAAAUUUGCUGUGUAUAUUUCAAGAUGAAAACCUUAUUUAAGCCUCAUGACCGUUUCCUUUUGUACUUGGAGCCUGUGCGACUGUAUAUACGGAGAAUUUGAUAUUCAUCAGAAUUUGCACCUUCAUUCUUAUUUUUUAAGAUAACUUCUGAUGUAUUUCUGCUAACGGGCUCGGAUCUAGUGGAGAGGAUCAAUAUGAGAGAGAAACAUUGGGAAAAGACGGGACAAAAACCACAAGCUAGAGUCAGACCAAACAGACCCUGGCAUCUAGCACAGCAGAUCACCCCCUGCACCUUCAUUCUUAACAUGUGUGACAGCAUGUGAAUCUGUUUCCAUUGAGCUGUGAUGUGUACAAAAAAAAAAGUUUAUAUCUAUUAAAGAUAUUUUGUUGAAAUACA